UCCAUCUAAAGGAGGUAAUUUCUGUCAAUCCCACUACUGUAGAUGCAGACAAGGAAGAGGAAAAAAGGAGAGAGACAGAGAAGAAGAAGCUGCAACAGUCAGUGCAAGAAGAGGGGGUUGCCAAAAUCCUUCACGGUCUGCGCAAACCAGAGCUGGUUCAAGUACUUGACAGAGAGGAGCCAGCAAUGCAUCAUGCUGAAGUUACAAUAACAAAAACAACACCUGCCAAACAGAAGAGCACCACAAUAUCCCAAUCUCAGACCACACCGUUAGUCAACCACAGUUCAAGCACAAACAUCAUCUCAUCACAUGGAUAUUCACCACCUCAGGCCACACCAUUACUCGACCACAGUUCAGAUACACACACCACUAUAUCACAAACACAUUCACCAACUCAUAACACACCUUCGCUCAACUACAGUUCACGCACACACACUGUUACAUCACAUACAUACUCACCAAUGCAGAACACACCAUUACUCAACCACAGUUCAUGCAGAAACACCAUUCUGUCACAUACAUAUUCACCAACUCAGAACUCAUCAGCAUUCAAACACAGCACUGGUAGGCACACCAACAAAUCACACAAACAUACACCACUAACUGACCACAAUUCACACACAACUUUGCAGAGUGCAUCUAUCACUCCUCCCCAAAAAAUUGACCUAGACACAUACCCUACACCAUUAUCUCGUCACAUGUCUCCGAAAAGCUUCACAGAAUUGCUUAACCUGGUGGAUGAUGACUGUGAAAAUGUGCCAUUGGCAGACUCACCUCCUAAAACUCUACCUAAAACCAUUGGCAAUCCAAACUGGGAGUCAUUUGCAUCCCAUUUCACUCAUGAAUUUGAGUGGUUGAAGGCAGAGGUGGAUGGCCUGAGAAAUGAGGUGAAACACCUGAGAAGGACAGUGAGGGAGCUAAAGGCAAACCCAAGUUCUGUCCAGGUAAAUGCCAGUCAACCACAACAGACUCAAGAGAACCAGUUGUUGGAAAUGAUUAGGAACACAACAAAACCCCUUGAUGGAUUGAAAGCUUUACUUUAUGAACUCUUUACACCUGAGGAAGUAAGGCAAUCAUCCCUUAAGGGUAGGACAACUGUCACAGGAGGGGAAAGUGUUGGCCUUCAGAGGCAAAAGCUUGACCUUAUCUACUUUGUCAUGGAAUCCAGAUACAAAAUGGACAGGCUCCCUGUGGACAACCUUAUUCGAGGCCAACAGAGAAAGCUGCGAGCCCAGAAACAAAAGACAAGCAGCAGCUAAGUCUGCAAUUUAACUUCAUUCCAAUUUAUUGUUGCAGUUCUAACAAGAUUUCAAUUCAUAAAUAAAUUAUUUAACUGUAAUUAAAUACCAAUUUUAUAAUCAUCCAACAUUAAAUGAUUCAUUGAAAGACUAUUGACAGAUAAAUCAAGUUAUUACAUUUUAUUUUAAAGAAUCAACAGACUUCACCCACAAUUUAUGUCAAACCAAAUUUAAUGAUUCAUUAGGACUACUUUUUAUGAAUAGCCGUAAUGGAAGAUUAUUUUUAUUAAGUUUUAAAGAAAAAAAGAAAGAAAAAGAAAUCAAAUUUAAUCCCAAUGUUACUGUGUUGAUGUCAACAAAUACAAUAGAAAAUAUGUUAUGUGUAAACCUGAUAUAAGCAUGUAAAUAAAUUUCAUUGAUUACAGAAUUUUGAGUUGGAAGUUCAUGCAUGUCAUUUAUUUGCUUUAUAUUUAAGUUGCCUCAAAUUUGUCCACGAAAUUCCUAGAAAUUUCUGGCAAGUUUUUAGAUUUUACAGCCUUUCAGGAAAAAUUAUUGGUGCUCUUUAAGUUGGAAUUCCUAGGAAUUCCAAGUCCUGUUGGCUAUUAACUUGAAUUUCUGGGAAUUUCUAGGUUUUUAGAACCAGAAUUGCUACAGUUUGGAAUUCCUAGGAAUUCUUAAGAUUUCCAAGUCCCUGUUGGCUAAAAAACUUGGAAUUUCUGGGAAUUUCUAGGUUUUUAGAGCCAGAAUGGCUACAGUUUGGAAUUCCUAGAAUUCCUAGGAAUUCUCGGUCCGAAUUUACUGUGAAAAUUCACACCUCUUGUUCCUAGGAAUUCCUAGGAAUUCUUAGGAAUUCCCAGGAAUUCCCAGGAAUUC